AUGUGCCCGCGGUCGCGGCGGGGCGAUGAGGCCGCGAUGAGCGCGGCGGGCGCGGGCACCGUGCGGCCCUGGAAGCCCGACCCGGGGCAGGCGCACGGGGGGCGGCCGCCGGGGCCGGCGCUGCCGCUGACCCUCAGCGUGCUGGCCUGGCUGGGCACCGGCACCACCAUGGCCGGCCUCAACAAGUGGAUCUUCGCCGCGCACGGGUUCCGCUACCCGCUGCUGCUCUCGGCGCUGCACAUGCUGUCCGGCGUGGCCGUGGGCUACCCGCUGGGCUGGGCACGGGCUCCGGGCCCCCGGCCCCGCGCCAGGAUCUACCUGCUCAGCCUCACCUUCUGCACCAGCGUGGCCCUGGGCAACCUGGGCCUGAGCUACGUGCAGCUGGACGUGGCCCAGGCCGUGGCCACCACCACGCCGCUGGUGACGCUGCUGCUGGGGCUGCUGGGGGGCCGGCGGCCGCACCCGCUGCAGUUCUGGGCCAUGGGGCCGGUGUGCGCCGGGGCCGCCUGCAGCAUCGCCGGCGGCCUCUGCUUCUCCCAGCCCGGCUGCGGCUUCCUCCUGGCCGCCACCGUGCUCCGCGCCCUCAAGUCCAUCCAGCAGAGUGUGCUGCUGCAGGAGGACCGUCUGGACGCGCUGUCCCUGCUGGGCCUGACGUCCCUGCCCAGCUUCGUGCUGCUGUUCGGGGCGGCCGUGGCGCUGGAGCUGGGCCCCUCGUGGCAGGGCGUCCUUCGGCCCGACGCCGCGCUCUGGGGCUGCGUCCUGCUCAGCUGCCUGGGCUCCGUCCUCUACAACCUGGCCACCUCCUGCCUCCUGUCCCUCACGUCGGCCCUGACGCUGCACCUCCUGGGCAGCCUCACCGUGGUGGGCAACCUGCUGCUGUCGUGGCUGCUGUUCGGCACGCGGCUGGGCGCGCUGGGCUACGCCGGCGUGGCGCUGACGCUGGCGGGGAUGGUGCUGUACCACCGGCCCCGGCUCCUGGCCGCCUGCUGGGGCCUCUGUGGGCUGCGGCGGCACCCGCGGCACGAGUAGGGACCCACGGGGGGUGAGGGGCCGGGAGGGCUCUGGGGGAGCGCUGGGCACGUGUGUGCCAAUGAGUGUGACUCAUCUGUGCACGUGUGUGCCAGGGUGUGUGACUCCUCUGUGUACAUUUGUGUGCCAGAGUGUUAAUUGUGCACGUGUGUGCCAAUGAGUGUGACUGUACAUAUGUGUGUGCCAGUGUGUGACACUGUGCAUGUGUGUGCCAGUGUGUGACACUGUGCGUGUGUGUGCCAGUGUGUGACACUGUGCACGUGUGUGCCAGGGUGUGUAACUGUGCACAUGUGUGCCAGUGUGUCUGUCACUGUGCACGUGUGUGCCAAUGAGUGUGACUCCUCUGUGCACGUGUGUGCCAGGGUGUAUGACUGUGCCCACGAGUGCCAGUGUGUGUGACUGUACACGUCUGUGCCAAGGUAUGUGUGUGACUCUGAGUACAUGUGUGUGUGCCAGGGUGUGUGACUGUGUACACAGAUGUGCCAGUGUAUGUGACUGCACGUGUGUGCCAGUGUGUAUGACUGUGCCCACGUGUGCCACUGUGUGUGUGUGACUGUGCACGUGUGUGCCAGUGUGUGUGACUCUGUGCAGUGUGUGCCAGGGCGUGUGUGACUGUGCACAGGUGCCCAGAGUGUGUGACUCCUCUGUGCACGUGUGUGCCAGUGUGCAUGGCUCUGUGUGCACACACAGCUGCUGAGGCACACACGUGUGUCAGUGUGCAUGGUUGUGUGCCUGUGUGUUUUCUGGUGUGCUCAGAAGUGAGUGUACACGCCCUGCUUUGCACAGUGUCCAGGUGUGCUGGUGAGCACAGCACUGUGCACACAGACGUGCUGACGUGCACACGUGUGUGGAAUUGCACACUCUUGGGUGUGAGUGGGUCUGUGCACAGCUCUGUGCCUGUGGGUGUGCACAGGCUCUGCAGGUGUGAGCAUGGCUCUGUGUGGGACAUGCCUGUGUUAAUAUGUAUGACGCUGCACACAUAGGUGUGCACAGCUGUGUAUGGAUGUGUUGGUGUGCACAUGUCAGUGUGCACAUAUUGGUGUGCACAGGCCCUGUGUGCACGUGUCAGUGUGCAUGCAUUGGUGUGCACGUGUUGGUGUGCACACGGGCUUUGUGUGCAAGCAGGUCUGUGCUUGUGGGCACGCAUGCCCUGCCCCAGGCCGUACACAGGUGUGUGCACAGUGUCUGUGUGGCACACGCGUGCUGGUGUGUGCAGGCUGGGCGGGCACGGCUCUGUGUGUGUGUGUGUGCAGGUGUGUGCAGGUGUGUGCUGCUGGCAGGUCCCGCUGUGCACUGGCUCUGCACGUGUCCGUGUGUGCACACAGGGCCCAGGGACGUGGCUCUGGACACACCUCUGGACACACAGCUCCGUGCAUCCAGCUGCCGUCCCACCUGGGCAGACAGACAUGGCUGUGUGUCUGGCUGUGUGUCUGUGUGUCUGUGUCUGUGUGUCACUACUGAGCUCUGCUGGCUGGAGUGGCCCCUGGCUCUCUGUGUACACUCGGUUCUCGUGGCCGAACCGAACGCCCAGGACAGGGCGGGUGUGUCCCCUCUCCUGUCCCCGUCCCCACCGUGUCGUGACAAUCCCAGGGGCCGCCGGUGGUGCUGCCGAUGUUGUCCUUGUCGCCACCACGCCCCUGAGCCCCCACAGCUGUCCCCACCCCUCCCAGCUCGCUGCAGACUGGCAUCCGUGGCAGAGAUGGUGAGAGCCCAGCCGAGGGCACGGGAGCAGCCUGGACCCGCUGCCAUCGCUCCAGGACAGUGGUGGGCUGUGACACGGGACAGUGCUGGGCUGUGACACAGCACAUGCCAUGGCAAAGGGACACCCGGCGUGUGUGCCUGGCACCGCUGCCGGGCCCGUGGUGGCCUUGCCACACUUGUAUCCCCACGCCGGGGCCGAAGGACCCAGCUCCGAUUGCACUUGUCCCAAAAUAAAGCUCUAUUUUUGUUGUACUCCA